CUCACACUUCCAAGGCAGAUUCUGUGAUGAGGGUCUGUGCAUCUGCAGAGUUUCGUGUGCCAUGUUUGUCCUCAAACCCCCUUAUGUGGGGGUAAAGUGGAGGUCUCUUAGAAACGGAGGCAACACAGAACAUUAAGCACCCAAGGAUUUCAGCUGGAAGCAGCAUUCAGAGAUUUAAUCAAAACCCUCCAACCACCAUUCGGAAAUAUGUCCAUCGUGCAAAGUUCAAACUCCCGAGGAACAACAGGACAGAGCAGUCAGUCUACUCAGGUGCCAUUCACCACUGAAUUCAUCAAGACGCUGACAAGGAGCAGUCCACGCUUCGGUGCUUUGAGUCAUCACUCAUUCUUCUCACGGCACAACCCUCAUCCACACAGGGUGAGGCAUAUCCAAGGACUCAAUGGGAGACCCGUCUGCACAGUGAGAGACGAUUGGUUUGUCACCUCAUCAUUAUUUCCUCAUCCACUUCUCAAGAGCCACAUCCUCAGGAAAGCGGCCGACACGUCUUUUGAUUUCCCACUUGCUCAGACUCUAAAUGGAGUCGCUAAUAACAAAAACAAAUCAGCCUUGUUUUCAGAGGCCUGGAGGGAUGAACUCAAAGAGCUCGCUGCAAAAGUCAGUUUGUCUUCUCAUGCACAAAGGGACAAAAGACAGGAGCAACCAGAAGAAGAAUUUGUCCGUCGGACGACCCAAUAUUCGGCUGAAACUGGGAGAAUCAUCCCUCCACCCACAAAGUCUUACCAGCGCAGAUCUCAUUCCCAGCGCCUGCUUUAUCCUCAGCCCUUCCAUGAUCAAGAAAUCAUGGUGUUGGAGCUACUUUGUCAGAUCCUGCAAACAGACUCUCUGUCCGCAGUUCAGCAGUGGCUUCUGCUCUCAGGACAAAGAGAGAAAGACCUGGUGAUGGGGAUGAUCAAACAAGCUCUGGACGGCUUUGACCACUCAGGCCAUCACCAGCUGAGCCUCCAGGCUUUUCCUCCUGGUGCAUCACCAUCUGUACAUGAUGGAAAGUUUGAGCAGCCGUGGAGAAAACCGCAAAAAACCUGCUCACCUAGAACGAAUCGAACCUUUAGUGAGGACAAUCCAGUGAGGAUCGGAGGUGCAGAGGUGCUUGAAGUCCACGCAGGAGCUCAGACUCAUCUUCAAGAUCGUCCACUUCAGCGCACAGAGAGUGAUUAGUUGUCACCCGCUUUUCAUCGCAACUCCAUCAUUGUUUCCUUACCAUGGAAAAUGGCUGCUUUGCGUCUCUAUUGCUCUCACGACAUCAAAGGUUUCCUUCAGUGUGAUUGCUUCAUAGAGAAAUAGAUGAGAGGGAUCAGUUUUAACUUUCAAUUCAUUUUUACAUCCAUGGUGUUGUGAUGUGCUGUGGGUGUGUGGUUGUAUACCAGCUGGUGUUUUGAAAUUGA